AUGGGCCGGGCUCCGGGGGGGCUCCCGGGCCUGGUGCUGCUGCUGCUGCACCUCGGGGCGGCCGCAGUGCUGCCAUGCCCGGAGGGGACAAACCCCUGCGAGAACGGGGGGCAAUGCGUGCUGCACCCCAACGGCCGCACCGCCUGCCUGUGCCGGCCGGGGGCGCUGGGGGAGCGGUGCCAGCUGCGGGACCCCUGCGUGCCCUCGCCCUGCGCCCACGGGGGGCUGUGCCAGAGCACCCUGCACGACGGCGCCCUGAGCCACCUCUGCCUCUGCCCCCCCGGCUUCCGCGGCCCCUCCUGCUCGCUGCCGGACCCCUGCACCCCCUUGCCCUGCCUCAACGGGGGCACCUGCCGCCCCCUCGGUGAGGGGGGCUUCGAGUGCAGCUGCCUGCCCGGGUUCACGGGGCAGGGCUGUGACACCAACGUGGACGAUUGCCCCGGGCACAAGUGCCAGAACGGGGGCACCUGCGUGGACGGGGUCAACACCUACAACUGCCAGUGCCCCCCCGAGUGGACAGGCCAGUUCUGCACCGAGGACGUGGACGAGUGCCAGCUGCAGCCCAACGCCUGCCACAACGGGGGCACCUGCUUCAACUCGCCGGGCGCCCACGUCUGCGUCUGCGUCAACGGCUGGACGGGCGAGAGCUGCGCCGACAACAUCGACGACUGCGCCACCGCCGUCUGCUUCCACGGCGCCACCUGCCACGACCGCGUCGCCUCCUUCUACUGCGCCUGCCCCAUGGGCAAGACGGGGCUGCUGUGCCACCUGGACGAUGCCUGCGUCAGCAACCCGUGCCACGAGGACGCCGUCUGCGACACCAACCCCGUCAACGGCCGCGCCAUCUGCACCUGCCCCCCCGGCUUCACCGGCGGCGCCUGCGACCAGGACGUCGACGAGUGCUCCAUCGGCGCCAACCCCUGCGAGCACUUCGGGCGCUGCGUGAACACCCAGGGCUCCUUCGAGUGCCGCUGCGGCCGGGGCUACGCGGGGCCGCGCUGCGAGAGCGACGUCAACGAGUGCCUGUCGGGGCCCUGCCGCAACCAGGCCACCUGCCUGGACCGCAUCGGGCGCUUCACCUGCAUCUGCAUGGCCGGUUUCAGCGGCCCCCUGUGCGAGCUGGAGGUGGACGAGUGCCAGAGCAGCCCCUGCGCCAACGGCGGCCGCUGCACCGACCUGGUCAACGGCUUCGCCUGCUCCUGCCCCCCCGGCUUCUCGGGCCCCACGUGCCAGACGGACAUGGACGAGUGCGCCAGCACCCCCUGCCAGAACGGCGCCAAGUGCAUCGACCGGCCCAACGGCUACGAGUGCCGCUGCACCGAGGGCUUCGAGGGCGCCCUGUGCGAGCGCGACGCGGACGACUGCACGCCGGACCCGUGCCACCACGGCACGUGCGUGGACGGCAUCGCCAGCUUCUCCUGCGCCUGCGCCCCCGGCUUCACCGGGUACCGCUGCGAGCUGCAGCUGGACGAGUGCCACAGCCAGCCCUGCCGCCACGGGGGCAAGUGCAUCGACCGCAUCGCCUCCUACCAGUGCAACUGCCCCCCCGGCACCGCCGGCGUCAACUGCGAGGUGAACCCCGACGAUUGCGCCAGCGACCCCUGCGUCCACGGCGUGUGCCAGGACGGCAUCGGCCGCUACGACUGCGUCUGCCAGCCGGGCUUCACGGGCCCCCGCUGCAACGUGGAGAUCAACGAGUGCGCCUCGAACCCGUGCCACGACGGCGGCACCUGCGUGGACGGCGCCAACGGCUUCACCUGCCUGUGCCCGCCGGGCACCCGCGAUGCCCAGUGCCGCCCGGGCACCCUGCCCUGCCACAGCAGCCCCUGCGUCCACGGCACCUGCCGUGACCACGGGGAUGGGUUCUCGUGCGAGUGUGAGCCGGGCUGGGGGGGCCCCACGUGCGCCCAGCGGGGGGACGCCUGCGCCUCGCGGCCCUGCCGCCACGGGGGCACCUGCACCCCCCUGGGGGGGGGCUACCGCUGCGCCUGCCGCCAGGGCUACCAAGGGCGCGCGUGCGAGGUGGUCCUGGCCCCCUGCGCCCCCGACCCCUGCGACAACGGGGGCACCUGUGCCCCCACCGCCGACUACGGGGGCUUCACCUGCCGCUGCCCCCCCGGCUGGCAAGGGGAGCGGUGCCAGGAGGAUGUGGACGAGUGCGGGGCCAGCCCCUGCCAGCACGGGGGCACCUGCGCCAACCGCCCCGGCACCUUUGGGUGCCUCUGCCCCCCCGGCUACGGGGGGGGUGUCUGUGAGCACGACCUCGAUGACUGCGACCCCGACCCCUGCCUGAACGGGGGCUCGUGCCGCGACGGGGUGGGGGCCUUCACCUGCGCCUGCCCCCCCGGCUUCACGGGGCCACGCUGCGGCACCGAGGUGGACGAGUGCCGGGGGGGGCCCUGCCGCAACGGGGGCACCUGCACCGACUACGUCAACGGCUUCGCCUGCGCCUGCCCCCCCGGCUGGACCGGCCCCCGCUGCCAGCACGACGUCCCCGACUGCACCGACAGCUCCUGCUUCAACGGGGGGACGUGCGUGGACGGCGUCGCCUCCUUCAGCUGCCGCUGCCCCCCCGGCUUCACGGGCGCCCACUGCCAGUACCCAGCCGAUGGGUGCCGGGGGCAGCCCUGCCAGCGGGGGGGCACCUGCGUCGCCGCGGGGGGGUCCUACCGCUGCCUCUGCCCCCCCGGCUACACGGGAGCCCAGUGCCAGACCCUGCAGGACCUGUGCCAGCCCCCCCCGUGCCACAACGGGGGCCGGUGCCAGCAGGAGGGGGGGGCCAUCACCUGCCACUGCCCCCCCGGCUGGGCUGGGACCCACUGCGACGUCCCCAACGUGUCCUGCGCCGUGGUGGCCGCCCGCAGAGGCGUGCCGGUGUCCCACGUGUGCCACGGCCGCGGGCGCUGCGUGCCGGCGGGGGGGGGCCACCGCUGCCUGUGCCAGGGGGGGUUCGGGGGCCCCUACUGCCAGACCCCCCUGGACCCCUGCCAGCACAACCCCUGCCGCCACGGCGCCGCCUGCCGCAGCUUCGUGGGGGGGUACCACUGCGAGUGCCCCCCGGGCUACACGGGCCAGGACUGCGAGCUGGAGGUGGCCGAGUGCCAGUCGCAGCCGUGCCAGCACGGGGGGACCUGCAUCGACCUGCCGGGGGGCUACCUCUGCUCCUGCCCCCCCGGCACGCUGGGCGUCCUGUGCGAGAUCAACGAGGACGACUGCGCGGGGGGGCCGGGCUGCCAGCACAACGGCACCUGCGUGGAUGCCGUGGGGGGGUUCACCUGCGCCUGCCCCCCCGGCUUCGGGGGCGCCCGCUGCGAGGGGGACGUCAACGAGUGCCGCCGCCACCCCUGCCACCCCCGGCACAGCCGCGCCUGCGUCCAGGGGGACAACAGCUACCGCUGCCUCUGCCGGCCCGGCUACACCGGCCACCGCUGCCAGAGCCCGGUGAACGCCUGCGAGUCGCAGCCCUGCCGCCAUGGGGGGGGCUGCCAGCCCACCCCCGACACCCCCCCGGGCUUCACCUGCCGCUGCCCCCCUGGUUUCGGGGGCCCCCAGUGCGAGCGCCGGGCCCCCUCCUGCCGCCACCUCUCCUGCGCCAACGGGGGCCACUGCCAGCCCCCCCCCGCCGGCCCCCGCUGCGUCUGCCCCCCCGGCUUCGGGGGUCCCGAGUGCCAGCAGCGGGUGCCCCCCCCCCAAAAAAACACCACCUGCCCGGCCUCCCCCUGCCUGCACGGCGGCACCUGCGCCCCCUCCCCGCGCCCCCCCUUCGCCCGCUGCCUCUGCCCCCCGGGUUUCGGGGGGGCGUGGUGCCAGGAGGAGACCCCCGCGACGCCCCCCCGGCCUGACGGGUGCCCCCUGGGGGGGGGGUGCGAGGAGCUGGGGGGGGACGGGGUGUGCGACCGGCACUGCAACACGGCUGGCUGCGGCUGGGACGGGGGGGACUGCUCGCUGCGGGUGGGGGACCCCUGGCGCCACUGCGCCCCCCCCCAGUGCCGGGGGCUCUUCGGCAACGGGCGCUGCGACGGGGGCUGCGACACCCCCCAGUGCCUCUACGACAACUUCGACUGCCGCCCGCCCCACCGCGCCUGCAACCCCCUGUACGCCCAGUACUGCUCCGACCACUUCGCCGACGGGCGCUGCGACCAGGGCUGCAACAGCGAGGAGUGCGGCUGGGACGGCCUCGACUGCGCCCGCCGUGUCCCCGAGGCGCUGGCCCGGGGGGUGCUGGUGGUGACGGUGCUGCUGCCCCCCGAGGAGCUGCGGCGAGCCAGCACCGCCUUCCUGCAGCGCCUCAGCGCCAUCCUGCGCACCUCGCUGCGCUUCCGCCUCGACGCCGACGGCAACCUGAUGAUCCGGCCCUAUUACCGGCCCCGCGGGAGGAGGAGGAGGCGCGAGGUGGACCCCCGAGAGGGGGAGACCCCCGAGGGGGAACACGAUGAGGUUAUAGGCUCGGUGGUGACGCUGGAGAUCGACAACCGCCUGUGCUCGCAGGCGUCCGACAAGUGCUUCCCCGACACCCGCAGCGCCGCCGACUACCUGGGCGCCCUCUCCGCCCUCGAGCGCCUCCAUUUCCCCUACCCCAUCAAGGCCGUGCGCGGGGACAAACUCCCCGAGGAGCCGGACCCGGUGCGGCUGCUGCCGCUGGUGGUGGUGGGGGGCCUGAUCCUGCUGGCCAUCGCCGUGCUGGGGGUGCUGGUGGCGCGGCGCAAGCGGGAGCACAGCACCCUCUGGUUCCCCGAGGGCUUCAGCCUGGCCAAGGGCAGCAACAAGGACCGGCGCGAGCCCGUGGGGCAGGACGCCCUGGGCAUGAAGACGAUGGGGAAGGGCGAGAGCCUGGUGGGGGAGCCCUCGGAGGAGUGGCCAGAGGGCACCUGCCCUGAGGCCAAGCGGCUCAAGGUGGAGGAGGGGGGCGCAGAGCCCCAGGACCCCGUGGACUGCCGGCAGUGGACCCAGCACCACCUGGUGGCGGCCGACAUCCGCAUGCCCCCCACCAUGGCGCUGACGCCCCCCCAGGGGGAGUUCGACUCCGACUGCGUGGAUGUCAACGUCCGCGGGCCAGAUGGCUUCACGCCGCUGAUGCUGGCCUCCUUCUGCGGGGGCGGCGUGGAGGCCGAGGUGGCCGAGGAUGAGGAGGGCGAGGACGCCUCGGCCGGCAUCAUCGGCGACCUCAUCUGCCAGGGCGCCAGCCUGGGCGCCCAGACGGAUCGCACGGGCGAGACCGCCCUGCACCUCGCCGCCCGCUACGCCCGCGCCGACGCCGCCAAGCGCCUCCUGGACGCCGGUGCCGACACCAACGCCCAGGACAACACCGGGCGCACGCCGCUGCACGCUGCCGUCACCGCCGACGCGCAGGGCGUCUUCCAGAUCCUGAUCCGGAACCGCUCGACCGACCUGGACGCCCGCAUGGCCGACGGCUCCACCGCGCUCAUCCUGGCGGCGCGGCUGGCGGUGGAGGGUAUGGUGGAGGAGCUCAUCGCCUGCCACGCCGACGUCAACGCCGUCGAUGAGACCGGGAAAUCCGCCCUGCACUGGGCCGCGGCCGUGAACAACAUGGAGGCGACGCUGGCGCUGCUGAAGAACGGGGCCAACAAGGACAUGCAGGACAGCAAGGAGGAGACCCCGCUGUUCCUGGCCGCCCGGGAGGGCAGCUACGAGGCGGCCCGCAUCCUGCUGGAGCACAGCGCCAACCGGGACAUCAGCGACCACCUGGACCGCCUGCCGCGGGACAUCGGCCACCAGCGCCGCCACCACGACAUCGUCCGCCUGCUGGACCACCACGGGGGGGGGCGCAGCCCCCCCGCCACCUCCGUGCCCCCCCCGGCCUUACUGGGUCCCCCCUCCGCCGCCUUCCUGCCCCCCAAAAAGAGCCGGCGGCCCGGGGGGGGCAAAGGGGGCGCCAAGGGGCGCAGCAAGAAGGCCGAGUGCCCCCCCGGGCUGGAGAGCUCGGUCACCCUGUCCCCCGUCGAGUCCUUGGGGUCCCCGUACGGCCCCAACCCCGCGUCCCCCGGGCUUUUCGGGGUGCCCCCCCCCGGGCUGGAGCCGCCGCCGGGGCCCCCCCCUUCCUUCGCCGUCGCCCUGGGGGUCGCGAGGCUGCCGGGGGGAGCCGGGGGUCCCGUCGUCCCCCCCCCGCCCUCCUCGGCCCGUUUGGUGGCCGUCCCCUACGAGUGGCACGGCCGAGGAGCCCCCCACCCCGGGCCGGGAGGGGGGUGCGGGCUGGGGGCCCCCCCGCACCCACCCCUGCCCCCUCCCCCGGGGCAAAGCUUCGCCCCCGCCCUGCUGCUGCCCCACGGCGCCGUGGGGCGCGGACCCCCGCCCCGCUCCCCCCAGGGCGGGGGGGGCGGGGGGGGGGCCCCCCCUUAUUUCCCGGGGGGGGGAGAGGAGUACGGGGGGGCCUUCCUGGGGGUGCCCAGCGAGCACCCCUACCUCACCCCCUCCCCCGAGACCCCCGAGCCCUGGGCCAGCCCCUCGCCCCCCUCCCUCCCCGACUGGUCCGAGGCCACCCCCAGCCCCAACCUGCUGGCCCCCCCCCAGACCCAGCUGCCCCCCCCCCCCGCCCCCGCCCCCCGAGCAGGCCCCCCCCAAGAG